GUGGUGUUAGGCUCUACAUUCGUCCAUCGUUCGACGACGGCACGAUGAUUAUUCAUUGAAAUUACUUGUGGACGGAUGAAAUCGCUGUGAAAAGGAAUAAAGAAAGCUGUGUUUUGUGCCUCCUCGUGCAAAGUUUUUCAAACAGCAGAGAGACGGUGCAUCCCGCGACCAGAAAGUGUAAAAUCGCGAAUAUAUAUCGCGGCCUCAUUCGCGCACCGAAUUGUUGUAACUAUACAACAAGAACGCGAGUCCGAAAAAUCUGAUUGGAAGUUCGUGUCCCGUGUGAAUCUACAGCCGGUGUUAAAAAGGUGGAAACAUUCGAGACGUCAACAUCUGGAGUGCUGGUGAAACUCUCGCCUGUUAGGGUGCAAUCGAUAACCGGAAAAUCCUCCAGCGGAUGGUCACUUGAGGGGAAAAUUGUGAAAAACAGUUUGCGUCGUUUUGACAGCUGGCGGCCGAUCGUGUCAGCCAGCGAUUGUUUCGAGAGUUUGAUGGGCUACUUUGUUGUGUGAAGACGAAGGCCCCAUCAUCAUUGGCAGAGUGUGUAAAGAAUCGCACAAACGGUUCCGUGUUUGUAUAAUCAGAGUUUCGUGGUGAAUUUCACUUUUUAUGCGCGAAUAUACGCAUCGAAAGUGUACGAUAACGAUACAUAUUGUGGCCGUGACGACGACCCAAGAGUAGAACUGUUUGAAUAAUUGAUUUGUGCUCGACGGAACGGUCGCUAAUCGAUACCCGAGAGUGCUUGUGUAAUUUCAAGUUGUGGAUAACCCCCCAGAAGGGUAAUUAUGAGGAACGGACAAAGUGACGAAGCGGUGUAAAAGUAGCUAUAUCGCAGCAGCCACUUUUCAAUGACGUGUGGCAGUGGAGAAUCGCGAAACGCCACUGCAUAAGGAGGCUCCAGUCCUCUCCAAGUUGACCAUAAAAGUACAACCCAGUAUUGAGUGGCGUAUCGUGUGUGAUGAUGAAACCACCGGAGAACGCUGCAGUCGAGACUAUGUGCAAAUACGGCUAAUAAAAUUGAGGACACCAUCAGUAUGAAUUCAAUGUUUUGAUCGGCAAGAGUGCGGUCGCGAACGAAAUCGUGAAACCAAAACAACAAUUGUGCUCAGCAAUUAUCGGGGGAAAAUAUCAGCACAUCAAGAUUAUGGAAAUUGUUAGGGACUGACUGACUCCAGCUUUAUGACUAGAUCUGAUGAAACCUAGAAGCAACACUCACACCUGUAGUGCUGUUCCGCAAUAAUGCAAAGACUGACUCAUCCGUUAAGAGUGUAAUGACCAGUUUUGUUUUUGUUUUUGCUACCAACGUCUCUCUUAAUUUUAUCAACCACGCUAAAUGAUCUCAGCGACUGUAUUCAGUACGUACUUUUGUUUGUUUUGUGCGUAAUUUUGAAAAAAAAAACACAACGAAAUAAGCUUUAUUUUCGACUGCCACGAGGAAAUCAAAAUGAUAAACAAGAAAAACUACGUCGAACAUCUGUUGCACUUGGCGUUGACGCUAAGUCUGCUGCGUGUGGAUCCGGAGAGCUAUCAAGAUUUGCAUUGGGAGACACGUCUGGCAGGAACCGGCGUCGGUGGCUGGCAGCUGGAACUGCGUGCUGCUCCCCUCACGGAUCAAACCUACGUCAAUCGAAAGGCUUUACCACCCAUCAUCGAGGACUUGGCGCGAUUUGAUACGCAAUACAAUGUACCCACCCACUUCGAUCUCCAAGCAUACCUGCUGAACAUUCAGAACUCUAACUCCUCGAACCAGACAUCGUCCACACGAGCCUCCUCUCCUUCGCCAGCUACCGGUCAAGAAACUGCAAACUCGACCGCAUCGGUUGUGGUGGGCGAGCCAUUUGUGUUACCAACAUUCGAAUCGUACGAUAUCGAGGACAUCUUCCUCAACUCGGAUCCCUUCCCGGACAGCUCAUCGGUACUGGAACAAAACAUUGCCGAUCUGAACGAUUUUGGGGAGGCUCCGAUCAACAGCUAUGCGCUGGACGCGAUUCCACUCAAAAAUGAACCGCCACCAAUGUUUGAGGACCUCAUUCGGUUACCGUUCGAGCCGAACUUUUUCCCCGAUCAAGCAACGCUUGAACAGCAGCAGACUCAGCGGGAAGGGGAAGCGGCCAGUAGCUCCCAGGAGUGCUGUCAAAGUUGUGACGCUCGCAAAGGUCGCGGUUCGGCGGUUAAAGUGAAAGAGGAGCCCCUCGGUGAGCAAGAAGGGAGCGAUGGGGAGCAGUUUAAGGUAGAAUAUGCUUGCGGAGAUGCGCAGGUGAAAAUGGAACCAAGCGACGAACUUCUGACGGUAAAAAAGGAGGAAGAGAACAGCGACGAGGAACGAAAAGUACCCGGGAUGGUUGAAUUGACCCAGGAGGAAAUGGAUCUGAUAGAGGUACUCUGGAAGCAGGACGUUGAUUUGGGUUUCACUCUUACGCCACCAACAUUCGCGGCCGAGGGAUCCGCAAGUGCCGGCAAAGAAGCCACCGACAGCUCGGAUGAUCUGGAAAAGCUCAAGGUCCUUAGGGAGAUCAAGAACAAUGAAGAUAAGAAAGAGGAAGACAAGAAGGAGGAGAACGAAGAUCCUUGGGCUGGGCUAUCAUAUACCAUUGAUACAGAGACGGGUGAAUAUGUACUCAACGCUACCGCCGACGACAGUGAGGCCACACUCCCGCCACCGCUAGCGGAUUUGUUUCUCGAGGAGGAACUCAAUUUACCGGAGCUGAUCGACGACACUAACAGUGAGGAAGCCGGAGAGCCAGUAAAAAAGACGACGAUCACAGAAGAAGACGAGGAAGAGGAGUCCGAGGUCAAACGAAUCGAGAAGGAGCUCGAAACAUCGGCUGAUGAACUGUGCCAAGGUGGCGGUUCUAGCACGAGUUCUAGCCCCCCAAGUGGUACCGAGAACGAGAACGGUCUGAGCGGCGGCAAUUGUGGCGCAGAAUCCAACAAGGUGGUGUCUUCUGACCCAUUAUCGGACGGCAAGCACGACAAACGGCAGGACUCAGACCGGACAGCAUCGACCAGUAGUGGUGGCUCCAGCUGUUCCAACGAUUCGGAAGCGAUCGCCCCGACCACAUCCGAUGAUCUAGAGGAUUUGCUGUGCGACAUGAUGAUCCAGACGUCGUCCUCCCACUUUCAGCAUCCCCGGCAGCCGAUGCAAAACUACGGCCAUGGGAUGCAUGGCUCGCUGCGACAGGGUGGCUAUCACCAUCACCACCAUCAUCACCAUCAUCAGUCCCGCGUACCGCUGAGUCGCGCCGUCUCGAUGGAACAGCGCUGGCAGGAUCUAGCAAACUUGCUGAGCUUUCCACCGGGCAUGGGCGUGGGGAUGGGAGUGGACGGAAUGCCGACGGCCCAUCCACAUCCGCACUAUCCGCCGCACUACUCUUAUCAGGCAACCGGUGCGAUACCGCAACAUAGUCAGUAUCACUCGCAUGCAGCCGUUCUACAGAACGCCUCCCUUGCGGAUAUUGGGCCUACCCAGCCCCAUUACGGACCAAAUCUAGGUUCAGCUGUCUCCACCAGUAUGCAUUUGACAAAUUCCACCUCCGAGACAGACGCUGGUGCCACCGGUUACAAGAUGGAUCACGAGAUGAUGUACUAUUCGAACACCUCAUCCGAGAUGAAUCACACCGAUGGAUUUCUGAGCUCGAUCCUGGAUGACGACCUCCAGCUGAUGGACAUUGCAGUCAAUGAGGGCAUGUACACGAUGCGUAUGCUGGAUCACAAUGCGACCAGUAGUAAUUCAUCUGUGCUGGGCGGUUCGACUGUAGCCACCGCCGCUGGACUCAAUAAUUCGGCCCAUCUGAGCGGUCUGAUGUCAAGUGCCGCCGCUGCUGCUUCCGCUGCUGGAGCCAUGCAAAAUUCACUGAAUGGAUCGAACGGAGCAACCGGUGGCACCACCUCAGGUGACCGCCUAGAUGCCUCAAGUGAUAGUGCCGUAUCCUCGAUGGGCUCCGAAAGAGUUCCUUCGCUUUCGGACGGAGAGUGGGGCGACGGAGGAAGCGACUCAGCACAAGAAUAUCACAACAAGUAUGGUGGUCCAUUUGAUUACAGCUACGGAGGUAGCAGCCGGCUUGCGGAUGGAACCAGACAGCCACCAGUUGCCCAGAAGAAGCACCACAUGUUUGCGAAACGAUAUUUCCAAGAGCAGAACACAACGAUCCCAGCGUUGGCGCCAUCUAGCAACAGUUCGUCAGCAGCCUCGGCUGGAGUCGAUCACCAGAGUCAGUUGAACGCUAGUUUACCGAUAAAAUACGAAUUUGAUUAUAUGACACCGGCUUCGCUCAGCCAUCUUGAGGGAGCAGUCGGUCCCAUCACAAAGCAAGAAGACCAAACUAGCGUCCACAAUCCACUGUCCUCGGUGGAUAUGAAAUAUCCGUACUCACUGGAUUUCUCCCGUCAAAACCCAUCGGUGGUAAUACCACGAAGCCAUCACCACGAUGUGAUCCAUCACAAUCACACGUACACGUUGCCCCAUCACAGUGGGGCAAAUCCGAAGCCCCAAACGAGAGACAAAAAAAUUCGCAAAUCGGAGGAGGAGCACCUGACGCGAGACGAGAAGCGUGCACGUGCCCUCCAGAUACCGAUUGCGGUCCAGGACAUCAUUAAUCUGCCCAUGGACGAGUUCAACGAGCGUCUCUCGAAGUACGAUCUGAGCGAGACGCAACUGUCCCUGAUUCGGGACAUUCGACGCCGGGGUAAGAAUAAAGUUGCCGCCCAAAACUGUCGGAAGCGCAAGCUGGACCAGAUCGUUUCGCUGGCCGACGAAGUGAAAGAGAUGAAGAUGCGCAAGGAGCGACUGCUUCGCGAUCGUGAGCUGGUCAACUCCGAGCGGAAGAAGAUUCGGGACAAGUUCUCGGCGUUGUAUCGUCACGUGUUUCAGAAUCUUCGCGACAGUGACGGUAACCCGUACUCCCAGGAGCACUACAGUUUGCAACAAAGUGCCGACGGUACGGUGGUGCUGGUACCACGAAGUGUUGAGCGUCAGCAAGAGUUGGCGGGCAGUAAUCAUCACCAGCAUCCACAGCAGCAGCUGGGCAUGUCGGUUGGUGGUAGCGGGGGGCUCCAGCACUCGCACCAUCUCCACCAUCAUCACCUCCACCACAGCAGCCAGCAUUCGCACCAUCAAACCCAACAGCAACAGCAGCAGCACAGCAAUGGUACCUCUGGGAAUAGCAGCAAUAGCAGUACAACAAGUCAACAUCGUCCGAAGGAGUGAGACAGGCCGCAGUGCCACGAACAGUACCGGCACCAUCCGUACCAGUGGCCACCGUUGUUUUACUAACCAAACCUGUACACAGGCUGCACACAGGCAAUAAGCGCGGAUCUGUCGAAUCCCUCUAAUGAGCAGAAUCUAUCGAGAAACAGUAGGAACCGGGAAAAAAUAUUAACAAAAUCUACGAAAACCGAUGGUCGUUAAGGAGGCGGAUAUUUGCAUACACGAACGUACCUCAGGAAAUUUAAACAUUUAAAAGGCUCCCACACUUAGAGAACCCUUGCUCCCCCGCAUUCAUCCACGAAGAUAUGGUAGAAACGGGCCAGGAAAUGUGCGUGUGCUAAAGUUAGAGACACCCGAGGUUAUAUUAUUUCGAUUAGUUCCCUUAGUGAUACUGGAAAAUUAAUGGUAACGGGGAUAUCAUCAAACAGCAAGACACACCACACAUAGAUAUGAACGCGUGCUUUUAAUGAUCAAAGCUUUGACAUUAUCCCGAAGACAACCAACAACAACAAAAAUAAGACAGCGCCGCUAGUGACGAAUUAAAACUGCAGUGCGCUCAUAUUGAGCGUUCAAUCAGUUGAAUCGCACUCCCGUCUCCGAUUAGGUCACACAAGUAACAAGCAUCACUAUCAUCAGGCCACCAAAUUUUAGGUGAAAAAGCAAACCACAAAACAGAAAUUACACAUUCCGAUUGUUCAAAAUUGUUUUUUGAUCGAAGUAAUUCGUCUUUUUUUUUUUUGCUAAAGAUUAAAUAUGAGAGAAGAUGAAAAAUUGUAUCUAGGAAGCCAAAAACAUGUCUAACACAACAUGCAAACAACAGCAGUGCGUAGGCGUAGCAGAUUAAGAAGAAAAUGAAAGCGCCCGAAUCACCCGAAGCGCGAGGUGUAAAUUGCUUGGAAUACGGGCAGUAGAACUGCUCGGUCGAACACUCACCCAAGAGAAGGAUGAAGACGCAGAACAGCACAAUAGACGAAGACAAAGGUUUCGUCAUCUUUUGACGAGGUGGCUUCCCGUGGACCGGAGGCAGCCGCCGGACAGACGGAGGGGUACAAAACAGUACGAACAAAUAUGUUUUUGUGAUGAUCAUAAUGGUUAGUUUACACUGUAAUUAUUAUAAUUAUUGCUAUCGUUAUCAUUUUGUAAAUAGUCUUUAGCCGCUAAGAGAAAAAAAAUAAUAGUGAAAGAAGAAUAUUUUCGCAACACUCUGGAUUAAGGAUGAGGGGAUUGAAUUUAAGCAAAUAGGAUAAGCUAGCAAGAGAAAUGAAGCUGCUUUUAGUUGAUAAUGAUGAAACAAACGAAACAGACAAAAAAAAACGCUUGAAGAUAGUUUUUUUCCUACUAAACAAUGAAAGUAACUAAUUAAAUAGAUGUAUACUAUAGUGGAAGAUGAAAAAGGGUAUUUUUUGAAACUGGGGGAUUCGCUGCAUCGUUGUUUAAUUGGUUGCUCUUGUCUUCUUGGUUUAGCUAGCUGACUUAACUUUUUUAUUCUAAUCAAGGACUCUGAGCGCUUUGUUUCUUUUGAUUUGUGAAAUUUAAGUGAAUCUUUAUGAACGUGUAAUAUUUCGGUGAGAAGUGAAUAAUUAAUGAGAAACAAAAAAAAGAAGAAAAAAAAACAUUAAAAUACGAGCAGGCAAAGAGAAUUAUAAACAAGCUGUACUUGUAAGUCUUCAUUAUAGUUGCUAUUGUUGUGUAAAUAUAUUAUACAGAAAAAUAAAACUAAAAAAAAUCGUUGUCAGGAUAUUUUUG